UCCCCACCCUCUCUGCAGGAUGAACGUCCACCACCUCCUGCUUGGGAUCCUAUGGCUGGGCAGCCACGACCUCAGCGGUGCUUCUGAGCGCUGUGACGACUGGGGCGUGGACACCAUGAAACACAAGCCGGUCUACAGCGGGGAGCCCGCCCGGAUCAAAUGCCCGCUCUUCCAGGCCUUCCUGAAGUACAACUACAGCGCGGCUCACGCGGCCGGCCUCACCCUGAUCUGGUACUGGAUCGGACGAGGGCAGGACCUGGAGGAACCCAUCAAUUUCCGCCUUCCGGACAACCACAUCAGCAAGGAGAAGGACGCCCUCUGGUUCCGGCCCGCCCUGCUCAACGACACCGGCAACUACACCUGCAUGCUCAGAAACGCCACCUAUUGCAGCAAAGUCGCUUUGCCGUUGGAGGUCGUUCACAAGGACCCCGGGUCUUGUGUCAGCCAAGCGGUCAGGCCGGAAGAAGUCCUCCUGUAUUUGUCCUACACCAAUGUGAACCUCACCUGUCCAGAUGUGGAGGGUUACAUUCCAGUGGGUGUCAAGCCACGGGUGCAGUGGUAUAUGAACUGCAGGCUGGUGGACCAUUUCUACGAGCGUCACCCAAGGGGUGUCAACCUGACCUUUGGCAUCGUCCGAGAGGUGUACGGGGGCGACUACACCUGCGUUGCGACCUAUCAAGAGAACGGCCGGGAUUUCACGCUCACCAGGACUUUGAGGGUAAAGGUGGUCGGGGCUCCCGAGAAAUCAUCCACUCCGCAGAUCAUUUCCCCCAACAGCCGAGUGAUCUAUGAACUCCGACCAGGAGCCGAUCUCCUCCUCACUUGCGAGGUGGACUUCACCUUCCUGAAAGACUCCCCGCAGGAGGUCUGGUGGACCAUCGAUGGAAGGAACACGGACAACAUCGUGGACCUCCGAUUCAAUGUCACCCAUGAAGAGACCUCCUUGUCAGUGGGAAAGACGAAGAUCGAAAAGACUCUGUUUGUGCCGAAGGUGACAGAGAAGGACCUGAAGCGCAAUUACACCUGCUUUGCCCAUAACAACAACGGGACGGUCAAUAUGCAGGCGUUGGUGAAGCUGAAGGCCGUCGUCCCGAGGUACACGGUGGAGCUUGCCUGUGGCUUGGGCGCGACGGUUCUUCUGGUGGUCAUCUUGACCAUUGUCUACCAUGUCUACUGGUUGGAGCUGGUUCUCUUCUACCGGGCACAUUUUGGGACGGACGAAACUAUCCUAGACGGGAAGGAGUACGACGUCUACAUCUCUUACGCGCGGAACGUGGAGGAAGAAGAGUUUGUGCUGCUGACGCUGAGAGGCGUUCUGGAGAACGAGUUUGGCUACAAGCUGUGCAUUUUUGACAGAGACAGCCUCCCCGGGGGAAAUAUCACAGAAGCCAUCUUUGACUUCAUCCAGAGGAGCAGGAAGAUGAUUGUGGUCCUCAGCCCCGACUACCUGCUGGAGAAGAGCAUCAGCAUGCUGGAGUUUAAGCUGGGCCUCCUGUGCCAGAACAACAUUGCCACCAAGCUGGUGGUGGUGGAGUACCGGCCGCUCUCCCGGGUCCACCCCAACGUCCAGCAGCUGAAGGAGUCGGUCCCCUUCAUCCCGUGGAAGGGGGAGAAGUCCAAACAGCCCGGCUCCAGGUUCUGGAAGGCUUUGCGCCUGGCCUUGCCACUGAGGAGCUUGAACACCACGGGCCUCUCCGCCUGGAACGAGAGCUGCUCUUCCCAUUCGGACGUGAGCCUGGACCACGUCCAGAGAAAAAGGAGGCGGUUGAAAGGGCCGUCGGAAGGCCAGCAGAGCGCCCGGCCCAAGGGCGUCCCUGUCCAAAGGGGGGCGGCCCAGCCCCCCAGGCUGAAGGCCAGAGACCACGCCAAGCCAUUCCUGGCUUGCCGGUGCUGCGUGGCGUACUGCAACGAGAACCACAAACUUGGGGGCCACAGCCCAACCGUGGGCAAACCCAAGCAGGAGGGGCAGCUCCACCGGACGAUGGCGGCAGGAGAUCCCGCCGGACGGAGGCUCCAAAGCAGUGAAAAGCUUCGGCCGCCGGGCUCUCAGGUGUCGGCCCUGAGCCUCCGGCGUUAUGCAGAUGCCUCAAACAACAAUGACUUUUAUGUCCUCUAGCUAGCCGACUCUGGGUGGGUGAGCCUCUCAGUCCCAGGGCUUGAGAAGGAAGGGGAGUGCAUCUCCCUGCAACCUGCCCUCCGUUGUGGGCCCGAACCUCUCUGCCGUGGGUGGAGGUGACAGCACCAUGAGCUGUUGCAUGGAGCAGUGGGUUUGCCCCCCAGGGUAAGACUCUCCGGGAGGUAGUCCUCAGUUUUAGGAGCACCUGCCCCACAAGAGUUUCUUGGAGUGAGGGGAGUUACCCCUUCCGCAGACAGACACGCCAGCAGGCAAACCGUCCUGAAAGCAGGUCCCUAUCCGAACAAUCCCUGGAAAAGCUAGCUCAAUUGGGCUAAAGAGUUUUGAGCCAGAGAUGGAGGUGUCAGUUCUGGACUGCCUACUUACAGGAGAGAAUCAGGAACUCGGGGUGCAGAGUAAAGGCCCAAUUGUGCCUUAAAGAGAGCAUGUCAUUAGAAGAAGGCACCCUUUCACUACUGAAGGGGGUCUGACUGUCGCAACAUUUCACAUCUCCCCAACGUCGCAAGCAAGUUUGUUUUGCUGGGUGAUGGAUCGUCUAGAUGUCCAUGCAGGCUGAAUUUGUGAGUCAUUUCUUGGGCAUUUCUACAUGUCUGGAAUCACGUCUCUGAAAUCGCCAACAUAACUUUCAGUGAGGAAGACCUGUGAACUGUGGCAGAUAGUUUCAUGCUCAAGAAACUGCAGAAAAGAUGGGGUGCCACUCAAGGGGAGCGAAGGUCGUGAGCAGCAGGAGAGAGCUGUGAGUGUAUGACAGCUUUUCCCCACCGUUGUUCCCCAUUAAGUGCCUGCUUGGAUUUUCAGAACUUUGGGAAGAAAGGUGGAUUUUCAGAACUUCGGAAAAGUCCUGCCGCUCCCCGGGGUACCUUUGGUAGGGAGACAAGUCAGGGACCUUUCGGUGGCUGCUCCCCAGAGGUUUUACUCAAAGCCACCGCAGGUUAAGCGAGUCUAGCCCACUGCCUCUUUCUUUUCCACCAGCUGACAUCGGUCUUUUUAUUUUGACUUUUUCAAUGGUUGGGAAAGGGGCCAUUGGUGUUGCUGAUACAAAAUCAGCAAACCAUCUUGUGGUACCUUCAAGGCGAACAUAUUUUAUUGGGCUAAGCCUCCUCAGACCCAGCUCUCUUCUCUCCAAUGAAAAUCUUUUCAUAGGGAUCGCCCUUGAUUUUUUUAAGUCAGUUGUUUCAAUUCAGGGCUGGGAACAUCUGGCCCUCGAAAGGUUGAGCUGCAACGUCCGUCAGCUUGGGCCAGCAGGGUGGACAAUGAGGCACAGCAGUCCAUGGGCAGCCCAAGAGCAUCCAGAGGGUCACAAGUUAAGCCCCUUCUGAUUUGUGUUUUCAGCUGACUAUGUUUUUCUCCAGAUCUGUUUUGUUUUUUAAACUACAUCCUCAUCUUCCCUUGCCAGCAUGACCAUUGGUGAAGGAUCAUACAAGUUCUGGCCCCAAACAUCUGGAGGACAGCAUGAUUUUGGCUUUAGAUUGAGAUCUGGGCUGAGUUGUCUGGAGCAGAGCAACAGCUUGGUUGGGACAGCAAAAGGUUAUGUCAGUGAUAUGGGGCCAGAAUCCUGCUAUUGAAUUAGUAAUGCAUCUGGUACCCAAUGAAUGACUAUCAGUUUGCUGUGAUGAUGUACACCAGUUUAAUUUGCACAAGUGUCAAUCACUAGCAGGAUGCUGGCCACAGCAAUUAUAAAUAGCUUUUUUUAAGUUUUGAAAUAGAAGCAAUCUUUUUGGGGGUUUGUUUAUAUGGGACUGAUGUUUCGGGCUGUUGCCAUACUGAAGUCAU